CAGCUGUUAAUCUGCUAAGUUGUCAAGUUCACAUUUGCAGAUGUAUUUACAGGGAAAAACUUCGUAUCUUUAAAAAGUGACACGUGUUUCAGAGGUAUCAGAAAGACCGGAAUACUCUGAAUAAAAGAAGUAAAUUACAGACGACUAUGCAAAUUUGUUUGAAUAAAUGGAUAUCAAAGAAAUUGUGAUUAAAAAAUUUAAUUCGAGACUCGGCUCGGAUUUGAAAAGUCUUGAAAAUCUUCGGUCUUUUCAUGAGGAACUAGAAACUGAGAAAAAUGUUGUCGAAGAGUCUUUAUCACUGGCAUCGACGAAAGUUCCAUCGAAAGUGAAGAAAGCUAUAGAGGAAGUAGAAGAAAUUAGUAGCAGCAUUGACCGGUCGAGAGAAUCUUGCGAAUCUUUGCAAAAAGAGAUACUUGAAUCAUUGAAUCAAGAUGAUAAAAUGACCGAGUUACAGGCAAUUGUCAAUAAGAUUAGUGAACUAGAAAAGGUUUUAUUUUACUUGAAUGCGCUGAAGAGCGCUAAAGAUAUCAGUACCCAACUAGAAACCUCCCUUUUUUCUGGAGAUGAUGAAUCUACGAUUACUUCAUAUGUGUCACUGACUCGUAUGAGCAUCGAAUGGGAAUCUUCAUCUUGUCGACAAAUUUCGAAUUACAUUCGAGACAGCGUACACUACUGGCACAAUAAUAUUAAAGACAAAUUAUCCAAAGAAUAUAGUGAUAUUUUGAAGGCCAUUAAAUGGCCCUUUUGUGGCUCAAAUAUAAGUAUUUCAAUUACUCCAUCCCCUGAAUCAAUGACGAGGUUUAAGACCCUUACUGAAUAUUUGUUCCAUGUACAAUUACCAGAAGAGAAUACGAAGCCCUCGGUGACAUCAGCACUUCUAACAGAUUUCGCACCGGUAUCAUUACCAAUAAUUUGUUUAGUUCGCCCAUUGAGGCAAAGAUUCAUAUAUCAUUUCACAGGUACAAAACAAACUAAUAGAAGGGAUAAACCAGAAUGGUUUUUCACUCAAGUGCUCACGUGGAUCAAAGAUCACUCGGAUUGGGUCGCUAAAAAUGUUCAGCCAAUCGCUCGAUCCACUGGUUAUGAUCACAUAAACGUAAAAGCGGAAUUUAUGAGAGCCCUGGUACAACUUGCGGUUGAAAAAUUACAUUCAGAACUUCCUGUGGUUCAGUACGAUGAUUCUUUAUUCGCUCAUACAGUUGAUGAAGCUCUCGGAUUUGAAAGAGAACUGAGAGAAACUUUAAAUUAUCCCCAGACAGAACCAGCUACAUUAUCUGUUCUAACUCAAGCCCAUAUUUUUGUAAAAUGGAUUAACAUGGAGAAAAAAUAUGCAACAGAAAAGAUGGAUGCCAUUCUAAGCUCGAAUACAGCUUGGGAAAAAUUGCCUGGUCCUGAUGUGGAUAAUUUGAAAGUGACUGAAUGCGCAGAAGCUUUUCUUAAUCUCCUCACAACUAUUUCGGAUCGGUAUAAUCAUCUUCCACAACCGGGACACAGAUUGCAAUUCCUCGAAUUACAACUCGAAUUAAUUGAUGAUUGGAGAGUGCGAUUAUUGCAACUGUUGCAUGAACAUUACGAUGAUCCAUUAACAUCGUUAAUGCCGCAAAUACUAAAUACACUCAACUAUGUGCAAACAGUCCUUUCUGAAUGGGGCGUCACUGUCCAUUUUUUGAAGCUUCAUUUCUAUAAGAAGCAAUCUGAUGCCGCAACAAUAGCUGCAGAAUUUGGAGACGAUGAACUAGACGAUAUCACUGAAGAAAAUGGAACAGUUUUUGAUGAGGCUAUAGCUCUUCUUCAAAGAUUGGAAAAGAAACUAGUCACAGAAAUCAGUGAUUCGGUAGCGUUGGACGUGAAAGCCAAGAGCAGAUCUUACAGGACGGAUAAGUGGUUUGCAAUGCAGUCUGAAAAGGAAGUUGUUUCUCUCUCAGUCACGCCAAGUGGAUGUCCAAUGUUUCAAGAAUUAGCUCUACGUCUACAUGCUCUUCAUAAAGCGUUGGCACUUCCGUUAUUUAAUCAAUCCUGGCGAAAUCUUGCUGCUCAACUUGAUUUGUACUUUUUCGAAGAAGUGGUCCUAGUCAACAAAUUCAAUUCGGGGGGAGCUUCUCAGUUGCAAUACGACAUCGUACGAAACUUAUUUCCAUUAUUCGGAAUCUACACUAGCAAGCCAGAAUCUUAUUUCCCUCGAAUGCGGGAAGUGUGUACGUUACUGAACAUGCUCUUAGGAUCAGCAAUGUUAUUGAUGGAAACUUUAGAGAAUGAGAACGAAAACGACACGAAGGAAGUACUAGCUGAUGUCGGAGUUUUCAAAUUAUCGCCAAAAAAAGUCGUCGCUGUUUUGAGAACGAGAAUGGAUAUAAACACGCGGUAAACUUAAUUUGAAAAAGGGGCUAAGAAAAAGAUUUUACUGGUCAAUUCUGUACUUUUUCUCUCGGUUAAGGAAUAAAUGAAUUUUAUUACAACA